AUGUGGCAUAAUAUCGUUCGUUUUGGUCUUCUUCGAAUCUUCUAUCCGUGUUUAAUGAUAUUCGGGACAAUCGGAAAUAUUCUCUGUUUGAAAAUUCUUCUACGAAAACGUUUUCGUCGGCAAUCAACAUGCCAAUACUUGUGUAUACUGGCUGUAAUCGACAUACUUUUUAUUUAUUUGAGAUCGACACGUUAUGUUUAUCGAUAUAUGUUUCAUGUAGAUGUACGGAAUACAUCACUGUGGAUUUGUCGAUCGUUCACGUUCUUUUCCUCGUCUUUGUCACAUUUAGCAUCCUGGAUCUUAGUUAUCGUUAGUUUUGAUCGGUAUUUCAUUAUGAAAAAUUUUUUCACACGUCGUAAUGCUAGUUCACGUGUAAGAAAAUCUUCAUGUAUACUUAUUCUUAUUGUCUGUACAGAGAAUUUACAUUAUUUUCAUGUCGUAGGAACGCAUAUACCAUUACAAAUAUCAAGUGUUCAAACAGAUCUUGAGAAUGCUACUGACAAUUUUAACUACACUCUUCGUUUCGUGUGCAUGGCACGACAAGAAUAUGAAGAAUUCUUUCGUUUAUACGUACCAAUUUUCGACUUACUUUUUGUCGCUAUCAUUCCAUUUUGUUUAAUGGUCUUCACCAACAUCGGUAUCAUUCGUACAACUAUGCAUUCGAAUAUGUUAUUUACAACAUCGAAAAAACAACAACGAAAUAAUCGCUUAACUAUCAUGUUAUUGUCCGUCACAUUAGCAUUCAUGCUGUUGACGUGUCCGUCGGUUGUUUAUAUAUGUAUAAACCGAUUAAAAUCGCCGAAAAGAGUUUCAGAUACGAAAUUACUUGUCUUGGAUCUACUUGAAUCGCUGUGGUAUACGAAACAUGCAUUAAAUUUUAUCCUCUACACACUGAGCGGACAAGAUUUUCGAAGAGAAUUUAUCAAAUUACUGUCCUGUUCUCAGCGUAAAGUACCCAAUCGAUCAAAUAAUCUCGACAACAAUAGUCUAAAUAUUCAACUCAGUGUAUACACGGAUAAUUCCCCGUAUGUUAAUCGACGAGUACUUCACCAACGACAUAGACAAUCCGAUUGCGAACUAAAUAAAGUGCCGACAUUACUAAUUUCUAAAUCUUUAUGCGUAAGAGCUCCGACGGGUAUCCACAGUGAUUUUAUCGUUUCGACCACAUACUCAACUACUCAAACCGGUACAAGCAAUGCACGACGUUCAUCAUCGACUACAAAAACAUCAGUACAAUAG